AUGGCAUGGGGAAAUCAGACCCUCAACUCAGACUUCAUCCUGCUGGGAAUCUUCAAUCACAGUCCUUUCCACACCUUCCUCUUCACCCUGGUCCUGGCCAUCUUCAUAGUGGCCUGCGUGGGGAACACAGUCAUGGUCCUGCUCAUCCUCCUGGACGCCCAGCUGCACACGCCCAUGUACUUCCUCCUCAGCCAGCUCUCCCUCAUGGACCUCAUGCUGAUCAGCACCACUGUGCCCAAGAUGGCGGUCAACUUCCUGUCUGGCAGGAAAUCCAUCUCGCUGGCAGGCUGUGGGACCCAGAUCUUCUUCUGUGUGUCCCUGCUUGGAGCCGAGUGUUUCCUGCUGGCUGCGAUGGCCUACGACCGCUAUGCUGCCAUUUGCCAGCCUCUGAGGUACCCAGUGUUCAUGAGCUGGAAACUCUGUGUGCUCUUGCCUGCUGCUUCCUGGAUCUUGGGCUCUCUGGAUGGCAUCGUUGUCCUCACAGCUGCCCUGUCGUUCUCCUACUGCAAUUCUCGGGACAUUCACCACUUUUUCUGUGAUGUCUCAGCCCUGCUACCUCUCUCCUGCACAGACACGACUGCAUUCGAAAGGCUGAUGUUCAUCUGUUGCGUGGUGAUGCUGAUUUUGCCUGUUGCAGUCAUCGUCACUUCCUACUCCUGUGUCCUUCGAGCCAUCAUCCACAUGGGCUCCGGAGAAAGUCGCCGCAAAGCCUUCACCACCUGCUCCUCCCACCUGUCAGUGGUUGGGCUCUACUACGGGGCUGCCAUGUUCAUGUACAUGCGACCAGUCUCCAAGCACAGCCCGGAGCAGGACAAGAUGGUGUCCGCCUUCUACGCCAUCCUCACGCCCAUGCUGAACCCACUCAUCUACAGCCUGAGGAACAGGGACGUCUCCAGGGGGCUUAAGAAGCUGCUGGGGAAAGGAAAGCUCCAGUGA